AUGUUUGCUGUUGGAAAUAAUUGGAAAGGUCACUCACCAAAAAAUAGCAGAGGAAAAUGUAAAUGUAUAAAACUUUCGGUUGAUUUAGAGCUAUAUGGAUUAAUUACAUUGCAGAUUCAAAAAUAUAAUGAGCAGAAGGUUUUGGACCAGUUGAAGAGAGACCAAACUGCGGACAAAAAAGACAUACUUGCAACAGGUGGUGGCACAUUUAUUCCUCGUCUCACAUAUGUAGGGGCACAAAUGUUGAGUUUGAUUGGCAAUCAAAUCCAACCUUUACCCAACAGUUGUGACAGUGCAUCUGGUUUCUUCACAUCUGAUGAGUCCUUAUUAUAUUAA